AUGGAGUCACCUAUAAACAUUGGGGAUACAACAACCAAUUCAAUUCUUUUCCGGCUACAGGAGACUCACAUCAACUCUGUAGGGUCUGCGUCAAUAACGAGUAACUCAUACUCUGGGCAACAGGUUCUUCAGUUAAACAUUACCUUCAAGAACAAGUCUGACGACUCAGAUAAACCAACUUUCUUAUCCAUAUUGAGAAGGAUUCAGGACUCGUACAUAAACGUUAGCCAAUUAUUCGAGAUUUUGAUAAAGUUGGAGCUAUUCAAUGAGGAGCAGAUUGAAAAGUUUUUAAACAACGAAAUCAUCACCAACCCCCAGUACAUUCCGCCCACGGGCUUCGAUGAUUUCCGCAAGCACGACAACAUCCACUUACGUGGACUCUGGAUUCCCUAUGAUAAGGCCGUGUCACUUGCCUUGAAAUUUGACGUGUACGAGCUUUGCAAAAAGUUGUUCUUAGUGGACGUUCACGACUUCGACAAGUUGCCUAAAGGCUCAACUGCAAUCAACAGCAAAAGAACAUUAUACGAAUCUAGUUUCGAUGGAGAUGAUGCUGGUUUGAUGGGAAGUCCGACCAAAAAGCAAAAGAGACACGCUGCUACGUCUGCCGCUACCUCACCAGAAUCAUUUAAGUUGAACUUGGAAAAUACAAACGCUCCCUUUACCCUUCCGCCACAGAACUUAAGAGAGAACCAACCAUUGAUUUCUGACAUCAAGUUAAAGUAUUCAGAAGUCUUUAAGAAGGAUGACGUAAAUUCUUUGACUUUUGAAGAAAUUAAGAAGAUAUUCGAACCUAUAACCAGUCAAUUACAUAACCAUCAGCCUUAUUCUUUAACUGAUUUGCCCUUGGACCAACAGGGAAAGACUGCAUUGCAUUUUGCAUCCACUUUGGCUUCGGUGAAUUUGGUUUCGUCGUUCAUUAAAUUGGGGUUAUGUUCUCCUAUAAGAGGAACAAUAACAGGGGAAUCUCCACUUAUCUCCACUAUUACUGUAACCAAUUCAAUGGAAAAAGGCAACUUUAGAGAAUUGUUGAGCAAUUGGUUGUAUCCAUCGAUUUGGUUAUUGAAUAAGAAGAAAUGGUCAAUAUUACAUUUUCUUGCGUCGGAAUCCAUUAAAAAGAUUGACUCAACUAAGUAUUAUCUAACUCAAAUCUUGGAAUGGAUAAUCAGUCGUAAAGACUCCAGCUUGAACAGACUUUGCUAUGAGAUCGUCAACUUGCAAGAAGAUGUACAGGCGAACACCUGUCUUCACUUGGCAGCAGAAAAUGAAAGCAAAUGGUUGAUCAACAUUCUAAUUGAGUUAAAUGCGAAUGUUGAUAUUGCUAAUAAAACUGGAUUGAAGCCAAUCGAUUAUGAUAUCGUCAAAGAAGUGCUAAAAGAAAGAGAAAAUGAUUCUGUUAAGUUUGAAACUGAGCAGGAGAGUUACAUUGUAGAGAUUAUUAGAAGUAAUGUGGAUAUAUUGAAAAAGAAGGCUGAGUUUGGAGUAAAUUUAGAAGAAGAGAUUGCGGACGAUGAUGAAGAUCAUGUACGAAAAGAUGUGGAGCAAACUGCUGAAAAACUACCACAACAAAUUAAUAACAAUAGCAAGAGUAGUAGUGGAAGAAUCUUCCAAGCUAUCCAGUCCCUCCUCACAAAUACCAAUGACGAAUAUGAAUCUCUCAUCAAAUUCAAAAAGCAACAUCUAGUCAAAUUGAAUGAAGUCUUACACGAUACAAGUAUUGUUACUGCAAACAACCGCUUUGUGCUGAGGAAGAUCAAUGAGAAAUUGGUCUAUUUAGAUAAUAUUAAGUUGCAGAUGGGAAAUAUCACCGACAAGCUAGAACUAUCCAAGAGAGAAAUUCCCGAGGAAUUGGUUGAACAGAUUGUGAAUCAAGAAGAAGAUGAAGAUUUGCAGACUAAAUACGAUGCAGACGAACCAUUCAGAAUACCUGGUAUUUACGAUCAAUUAGAAUCUGAGGCCCUGGAUAAGGUGGAAGUAAGCGAUUCUGUUUUGAGCGAAUUACCCUCCUUGUCAAUACUAAAAGCUAGAGUUAAGGCAUAUGAAGAGAUAAAUGCAUCGAUUCAAAACGAGUUGUCUAGUUUAUUAGACUACUCGGAAUUGACGUCGAAAUUUAAGAAGGUGGUCAGCUUCUGUACCGGAGUAGAUAUUAAUGAAGUGGAUGAUUUGUUGGAUGGGUUAUUGGAAGCUGUUGAAGGACAACAAUAA